AUGCCCAACCACCUGAAAAGACUACCCGUCCCGCCACUCCAGGACACGCUGCACCGCUACCUGGCCCGCGUGGAACCGCUGCAGGACGAACGCCAGAACCGCCGCACGCGCCGCGCCGUGCUCUCCGCAGAAAACGUGGACGCACUCAACACGCUGCACGAGCGGCUGCUAGAAUACGACGCGCGGCUCGCAGCAAGCAACCCGCAGUCGUCGUACAUCGAGCAGUUCUGGUACGACGCGUACCUGCUGUACGACGCCUCCGUCGUUCUCAACGUCAACCCCUACUUCCAACUGCAGGACGACCCGACCAUCAAGGACACCCCGGAGACCGCCGCGCAGGGGCCCUACGGCGCCCACACCGUGCAGGUGCGUCGUGCCGCACGACUCACCACGUCGAUCCUCAAGUUCAUCCGCCAGAUCCGCCGCGGCACGCUGCGCGCAGACACCGUGCGCGGCAAAGUGCCGCUGUCGAUGGACCAGUAUGGGCGGCUAUUUGGCUCCAGCAGGAUCCCGCCGGGCCCGGGCGAGCCCUCCUGCCACCUGCAAACAGACGCCACGUCGCACCACGUGGUCGCGAUGUACCGCGGCCAGUUCUACUGGUUCGACGUGCUGGACACCGGCAACGAGCCCAUCUUCGCCACCGCGGAGCAACUCGAGUGGAACCUGUACUCGAUCAUCAUGGACGCGGAGUCCGGAUCCGCGGCGGCACCGCCCUUUGGCGUGUUCACGACCGAGUCGCGUCGCGUGUGGUCCAACAUCAGGGACUACGUGUUCCACGCGGAGGACUGCACCAACUGGCGCAACCUCAAGCUGAUCGACUCCGCGCUGUUCGUGAUCUGCCUCGACGACGUGGCGUUUGCCGCGGACCAGCAGGACGAACUCACGCGCUCGAUGCUGUGCGGCACCUCCAACAUCAACCUCGAUCCGCGCCAGCACCAGCCGCCCUUGAACGUGCAAACGGGCACCUGUCUCAACCGCUGGUACGACAAGCUGCAGCUGAUCGUGACCAAGAACGGCAAGGCGGGCAUCAACUUCGAACACACGGGCGUGGACGGCCACACGGUGCUGCGGCUCGCCACAGACAUCUACACGGACUCGAUCCUGAGCUUUGCCCGCGGCGUCACCAAGAACGUCGUGGACAUCUUCGGCGACGAGCAACGGGAACCGGCGGCUGAACCAGCGGUGGCGGCCGUGGCGGCCGCCACGGCCGCCCGCGCCGCGAACCUGAUCACCAUCCCGCGCAAACUGGAAUGGCGCACAGACAACUUCCUGCAGUCGUCGCUGCACUUCGCCGAGACCCGCAUCUCGGACCUGAUCUCGCAGUACGAGUUCGUGAACGUGGACUUCUCGCAGUACGGCGCCUCGCACGUCAAGACCCUGUUCAAGUGCUCGCCGGACGCGUUCGUGCAGCAGGUGUUCCAAGUCGCGUACUUCGCGCUGUACGGCCGCUUCGAGACCGUGUACGAGCCCGCCAUGACCAAGGCGUUCCAAAACGGCCGCACAGAGGCCAUCCGCUCCGUCACUCUGCAGUCCAAACGCUUCGUCAAGUCGCUGCUCGACCAGGACGUCUCCGAUGCGGCCAAGAUCCAGCUCCUGCACGACGCCUGCGCCGCACACUCGCAGAUCACCAAGGAGUGCUCGCAGGGCCUGGGCCAGGACCGCCACCUGUACGCGCUGUACUGCAUCUGGUGCCAGAUGCAGGACAGCGAGAAGCUCCAGCUGAAGCUGGAGCUGGAGCUGCCCCUGCUCUUCCGGGACAAGUCCUGGGCCACGAUGCAGAACAACGUCCUCAGCACUUCCAACUGCGGCAACCCCUGCCUCAAGAGCUUCGGGUUCGGGCCCGUCACCGCCAACGGCUUCGGCAUCGGCUACAUCAUCAGGGACCAUUCGAUCUCCGUGGUCGUGUCCUCGAGACACCGCCAGACGGCCCGGUUCGCCUCGCUCAUGGAGAGGACCCUGCUGGAGAUCGACCGCAUCUUCAAGCGCCAGCUGCUCGCAACCAAGUCCGCCGCCAGCGCCAGCGCGCACGCCAAGUCCGAAGACAUGAAGUAUCUGUUGUCCGGCUACGACUACUUUGACGUCAGCGUCUCUGGCUGA